GGUCAGCUGGGUCAACUCGGCUGUUAACUCACCCGUUACCUCUUGGCCACGCAAUACACUCAAAACCCUAAUCUCUGUGUCAUAUAUAAAAGCUCAUCGUCGUCUCUUCUGCAAACCCCCUUGCUCGCAACGCCCACGCACUCUGAAGCGAUGGUGUCGUUGAAGCUCCAGAAGCGGCUUGCCGCGAGCGUUCUCAAGUGCGGGAGGGGCAAGGUUUGGCUCGAUCCCAAUGAGGGCAACGAAAUCUCCAUGGCCAACUCCAGGCAAAACAUAAGAAAACUGGUUAAGGAUGGCUUCAUCAUCAAGAAACCAACAAAGAUUCAUUCUCGAUCUCGUGCUCGCAGAAUGAAGGAGGCCAAGAGAAAGGGGCGCCAUUCUGGAUAUGGUAAACGCAAGGGUACCCGAGAGGCAAGGUUGCCCACAAAGAUACUUUGGAUGAGGAGAAUGCGUGUUUUAAGGCGCUUGCUUCGCAAAUACAGGGAAGCAAAGAAAAUUGACAAGCAUAUGUACCAUGAUAUGUACAUGAAGGUUAAAGGUAAUGUCUUCAAGAAUAAGCGGGUGUUGAUGGAGAGUAUCCACAAGUCAAAGGCUGAAAAGGCAAGGGAAAAGACGUUGUCUGAUCAGUUCGAGGCCAAACGUGCCAAGAACAAAGCAAGCAGAGAAAGGAAAUUGGCUCGGAGGGAGGAACGUUUCGCUCAGGGCCCUGUUGAAAGAGCACCUGCAGAGCCUCAACAAGCCGAGGGAGCUAAGAAAGCCAAGAAGUGACCAAUGACAAAAUCUCUAGAAGUUCCUUUGGAUGACAAUUAAAGGAUUGAUAACCAUCGAGAGCACUUGGUUUUAUUGUAGUAGGAUCUUGUUUCAUGACCUAUUUUGCUUUCUAUUAUGUCCAUUUUGUUUCUCCUUUACAGAACUUGAUGUCUUUAAAUUCAGUACUGUGUUUCCCUUGCUGUAUGUUGAGUGAUGCUUUUGUUUGUGAUUGUGGUGAAUCAAUUAUUGUAUUUUUGCAAA